AUGAGCGCUCCUGCCGCAGGCGAGCACGACGACGCCAAUAGCCAUCAUGUGUCGACUCCAGAGACUGGCGGUCAAGCAACCGACCAACACGACCAUGCCUGGACCCUGAUACCGGAGGACCAAGCAGAAGGUAUCGCUCCCCGCGCGAGCCUCUUCUCCGCCGGCCGGGCUGCUAUCUCACCUGAGGCAUCGUCGCAGCAGCACACAUUCGACGCCCCCACCCCUCAUGUGGGCAGCACUUCGAGCUCCAACUCUUCACGCCCGCUGGCCACGCUCGCGAGCAUUGCCAACAUGAAACGCAGCCAGAGAACGAGAGCCACGGAGGAUCCGCCGCCCAUCGUGCACUUCAGCACACAGAUACCUCGUGCACAAAAGGCCACCGACGACCCCACCACUCCGCCAGAUAGCAAGCCGACCAGAGCUUCCCACGGCCGCGAAUACACGACCCUCACGACCCUCAGUCGCCUGUUCGCCGGGAAUGAUACCAUGCCGAGCUCGCGUGCCCCGUCCUACAACCACGCGAGCGGGCCGCUGUACAUGCGAACGUCCGGCGAGUCCAUGCCCCUUCCUGACCACCUGUACACGCGCGGCCUGCUCGAGGGUCGACACUCAGACAUCACUGUCAUCGCAUUUGGCCAGAGAUAUAAUCUACAUCGCUUGAUCCUCGAUCGUGCACCCUUCUUUACCACCGCUCUGUCAGAGCCGUGGAUCGAGAGCCAGUCGAGGGAGGUGAAGCUAUAUCCCGAGGACAUCGACAACAGUAUUACACAGGCCGCCUUCGAGCUGGCUAUCAAGCGGCUGUAUGGCGUCGAUAUCUCCAAAGAGUGCGAUGUCGAGGCAAUCGGCCUGUUCGCGACGGGCUGCUGGCUGGAGAUGCAGGACCUGAUCGAUGCUUCAAUCGAGUCCAUACUGCGCCAGAUGACGCCUGAGCUGCUUGGUCCUUUGAUCCGUUUGGUCACAUCCAACUACUAUGGGCGCUCUGGAGACCGCAUACUCGAGUCCGCGAAAGCCAUGCUGAGCCGUAACGGCUGGGAGAUGCCGCUCAAGUUCUGGGAUGGCAUGCCUGGCGACAUUAUCCGAGAAUUAGUGGCAUCGGACGGCUUUUAUGUGGACAGCGAAUGGGACCGCUGGGUACUGGCCAAACGGCUUCUGGACCGAAGGCUACGACAAGCUGCUGUCGAUGCUGGCUUGAUACAGCGGGGUCAGAGGCCAACUCCAAAAGCACCUGGCUGGUCCUCGUUGACUGCGGUCCGCUUCGGUGGUGUCUACCGACAGGAUGCGCUUACGUUACAACAGUCUGCGACUGAUGCACAGAGCAGCUGGCUCGCUUUGUACACUGAUGCUGACAUCGAACGUAUUUUGGUACUGUUAGACGAGGGCAUUCACUAUGUUCACAUGGAAUACGAACAGCUGGAGUUCAUUCGGAAGGCACGCGACGUGUUUGGUCUGCCUGUGUUGCCAGACAAGGUCAUUUCUAACGCUCUAUGGCAGCAGCUGGCGCUCCGCCAAAAAGUGCUGAAUGCAGACGAUUCUUCACAAGAGCUGGGACUAUGCAGCCAGGUGCCGGAGCCCGCUACGACAAAUGCAGGCACGAAAUUAGAAGGCUACAACUCGACCAAGGGCAAGCAGAAGGCGGUCGUCCUGACUCCUGAGGAUGACAACGAGCCAGAUUGGGAAUCAGGUAGCUGGGACGGGAACGGAAAGCCCCGCAAGUUCUGGAUACCAAGUUCGGACUGCAACAUCGUCUUGGGGAAUGGCGCUGAUCCAGUCGUUACCACCUCAAGCUCGUUCCAGCGUCAUGCGACAAGACUAUCGGCAACGCUACAGCCAGAGGACGCACAAUGGGCUACUGACUUCGCUUCAUCACCAGGCACCAUGGCAAACCCCCAUACGCGGGUUGAUCACGGCCGGCCAAUAUCUGCGGGUGGAGGCAACGCUGGCCAACCGAAGCCUAUCGCAUACACCGAACUCCCCCCUUUCCGCUUUGCUGCCGAAUUCCCGAACCCUCGCUUCUUGAAGGAGAAGAAGCGAGUCUACUCGCGGACUGUAUCAUACGCGGGUUCACUGUGGAACAUCUACAUCCAAAAGGUCAGAUCGGCCAAGAACGUCCAGCUGGGCGUAUAUUUGCACCGUGCCAAAGAGCGUGACGUGGAUGAUAAUCCACAUGGGAACGCCGUCAGCCAGCAAAACGCAGGUUCGGUUGAUGAAAGGAUUGGGCAACUCGAGAGAGAGAUGAUGCUGCGUAGUGAACGCCGGGAGCGCCGCAGAAGCGGUCGUGUUCCCCCUACGGACCCCGCAAACGACGAAGACACCAGCGGCAGCGGCGGCGAUCCAGACGGCACUUUGUUAUCUACAGGACCACGAGACCCUCUCUUCACAUCUGGCUCGCUGGUUGGUCGUAGGAGCGGUACCAUCCCUCGCCUAUCGUCUACCCGAGGUCCUUCACAAUUCCAGUUCCCAGUCAUCACUUCGUCAGAGACAGAUGGCGAGGGCCCCGUAAAUUCACCCUUCUUCCCUUUGACCAUUGACGCUCCCUCGGAUAAUCCAUCUGACGAGUCCUCUGAUGAUGAUGAUGACGACGAUGUCCCUCUCUUAUAUGCGAACCCCUCGCUGGCACAGCGUAGGACUCGUGCAUCGGUUCUGACCCUCCCGACGUACGUGGAUGCUCGUCCAACUAUCAAAACUUAUUUCAAGAUCUACAGCCCUUCCAAGGGUGGCAGGAUGUUGAGCAUUUAUGAGAGCGCACCAGAUCGCUUCAACUUCAGCCAAAGUUGGGGGUGGAAGAGCAGCACAUUAAUGCUGGAUGAAGUCGCGCUCACUGGAGGAGCCGUAGAACCCACCGCACCUGAAGAAGGUAUCCCCGGAAAGAAGGGCGACGGCAAAUUGAGGUUCAUGGUUGUUAUCGGAAAUUUGUAA